AUGUUGGUUUCCUACAUUUCAGCAGGUCUUUUAGCCAUCUCUUCUGCAUUGACAGUUCAAGCACGCUACAUUGAUUACAAUGUUGCUUCUACUGCGGAAUUGUUUCGUCGUGAUGAUGCAUCUGGCUGCAGAGAUAUGAACACCAACUUUGCAGAAACCACUGACGGUUGGGUGUUACAGCAAGGAUCUACUGAAGAGACCUACGAUAUUACACCCGAAGGUCUCGAAAUGAAGAUUUUGAAACCUAAAGAGUACGAGUCAUCCUAUGAAGCUGCUGUCGACAAUAACACACCCAACAAGUUAAGAUACAACAGGUAUGAAGGUAAAGGCUUCACUUUCAAUGCAACAACUUACAUGCAAUACGGUAAAUUCUCGGCCACUGUCAAGUCUGCAAUGGUGCCUGGUGCUGUCACUGCUGUCAUCUUGAUUGCUGAUAAUGGCGAUGAAAUUGAUUUUGAAUUAUUAGCUGGUCCAGCACAGCAAAUUACGAGCAACUACUUUUAUGGUCCUCACAUCGUCUAUGGCGAGAAUGGAAAAGUCAUUGAUGCUCCCAGCGGCAAUGUCUAUGAUCGGUUUUACAAGUAUUCUAUUGAGUGGUCUCCUGAGAAGAUUGUUUGGAAGAUUGACGAUCAAGAGAUCCGUACAGUGACAUUGGCAGAAACUGACCCCCAUGACGGCAGUGAGCCAGCAUACCCUACACACGCUGCACGAGUUCAAAUUGGUCUUUGGGAUGGUAGUGGUGCCAGUGGCACAGCUGAAUGGGCUAGAGGACCGAUCGAUUGGAGCAAACAAGAUGGACCGGUUACAGCAUACAUCAAGAACGUUGUUAUUGAGUGCGAUCCUCAGCACAACUAA